GGUCUGGUCAAGAACAGUAUUUAAAAGGUCACCUCUCCCAGCUUCAAUAGGCUCUGACCAUCACAGGAAAGACCCAUCACUCUCACCUCUCAACUCAACGUCCACUUGUCUUUCUCUCCGGAGCAUUUCCCCUGGACUGCCAUGAUGAUGAGAAUGAAGCUGACCUUCCUUUUGGCCAUCUUACUUUUUCAACUGACCAUCUCUGUUAAAGGAGGGGGAUCUGCUCCUAAGCCAGCUCAACAGGCUCAACAGGCAGAUAAACAGUUUAAAUUUGGAGAUAUCAUUCGAACCAAAAUGAAGUGGAGAGAUAUGACCUAUCUGUUCGAAUCCAAAAAGAGGGGGAUCCCUCCAGGAUAUCACUUUGCAAUCUGGGUUGAUAACCCACCAGCGAAAGCUGUGAUGCCUAAUCGAAACAAAGGCAACAUUUUUCACUUUGAUGGAAAGAAAGUAGACUGUACAUAUUCCUACAUUGAAGAUAUCAGUAAAUGGCAGCAGUAUAAUGUUCGUGAUAACACGCCUGGCUUUGUUCCCCAACCACCAGAACAAAUAGCCAGGGAUUUGGAGGAAAGAUAUCACAAUUGUGGUGACUAUUCAGUUUUGAGAAACAAUUGUGAACAUCUUGUGACAUGGCUCCGAUAUCAUAAUAAGACAUCAAAACAGGAUGGAGCUGUUGGAAUGUUUAUACGUUUCUUUAGACCCGCUGAAUGGCCUGCUGCACUGCCACCAGUUAAUGAACCAACAGCUUGAGGUCUAAACCUCUCAGAUGUUCUCUCUCUCUUCCAUCCUCUCUGUCUCUGUAUGAAGUGAGGUCUAAACCUCUCAGAUGUUCUCUCUCUCUUCCAUCCUCUCUGUCUCUGUAUGAAGUGAGGUCUAAACCUCUCAGAUGUUCUCUCUCUCUCCAUCCUCUCUGUCUCUGUAUGAAGUGAGGUCUAAACCUCUCAGAUGUUCUCUCUCUCUUCCAUCCUCUCUGUCUCUGUAUGAAGUGAGGUCUAAACCUCUCAGAUGUUCUCUCUCUCUUCCAUCCUCUCUGUCUCUGUAUGAAGUGAGGUCUAAACCUCUCAGAUGUUCUCUCUCUCUUCCAUCCUCUCUGUCUCUGUAUGAAGUGAGGUCUAAACCUCUCAGAUGUUCUCUCUCUCUUCCAUCCUCUCUGUCUCUGUAUGAAGUGAGGUCUUAGUAAUAAUAAAACAUGAGUAGAAUUCUG